GCCGUUUCCUGCUGUUGUCUGUCCUUCUCUACAUUAGCUACCAGGCCCGAUUGCUAUUCAUCGGUUGUGGAUGGCAAUUGUUCGGGUGGCUUCUUUGUUGCUCGUAAUUGAGACUGAAGGUUGACAUUCACGUCACGGAGCCGGGGACUUUCUUUAGAUCUACUCUUCAAUCCCCACAUUGUAGCCGCGGUUUCUUUGGAUUGGAGUGUUCCAGUGCAAGAGAAAGAGAGGCUUUGUCUUGCAUCACAUGAUUGCUUGAAUUGCCCAACCAUUCAUUUUUGUUAUACCCGUCUGAUAGCGCCUUGUUUUGCACCGUUCAUCUCCACCAUGUCCUCUAUCGUGGCCUCCAGGCUUUCGGCAGUGUCACUGCGCACAUCUGGACAACGCGUUCCUUCAUUAUCUGGAGUUCCGUCUCUAGGGUAUAAUGCCGUGCCGUGGAAUCUUCGACGCGGUCUCCAGGCGCAAGCAUUCCGUGGCGCUACCAUCACGACCUCUGCCAUUGGUCUUUCACAGAACAGCUUACGGAGUCGAGGGUCCUUCGUUGGUGCCAUCCAUCCUCGCUACGCAGGAUACGCCAACCAGCAGAAAAGAUGGACUGCUUCGGGAAAACCUGACAAGCACGACACUCCGUCAGAUUCGAAAAAACCUUCCAUUCUUUCUAAAAUCCCCCUUCCUACUACCCGUGAGAAUAUCUACACCGUCCCUAACAUACUCACCUUCUCUCGCCUGGUCGCUGCCCCCCUAGUGGGCUACUUCCUUGUCUAUGGCCACCACACAGCCGCGUUGGCGCUCUUCGCCUAUGCCGGCAUCACGGACCUCGUGGACGGGUAUAUCGCACGACGAUAUAACCUCCAGACGGUGGUUGGCACGAUCAUCGAUCCGAUGGCCGACAAGCUGCUGAUGACCAUCGGUGUCGCCUGUCUGGCCGUCAACGGCUCCAUCCCAGUCUGGCUUGCCGUGAUCAUCCUCGGACGGGAUGUUGGCCUGGGGAUAUCCGCCUUGUACUACCGGUGGAUUUCGCUGCCGGCCCCCAAGACCAUGGCUCGAUACUGGGAUUUCUCUCUCCCAUCCGCGGAGGUGAAGCCCACUACAGUUUCCAAAGCCAACACAGCUCUCCAGCUGCUGCUCGUGGGAAGUGCGAUCGCAAUGCCGGUCGUUCCUGAGCCGUUCUUGGAUGCGUGGAAUCUGAAGGAAGCAAUGAGCGUGUUUCAAUACCUCGUUGCAGGAACAACCAUCUGGUCGGGCCUGAGCUAUGUCUUCUCCAACAACGCCGUCAAAAUCCUGUCUAAGGAAGAGAUACAACGACGCAUCGCCAAGGCCGCCGCGA